AUGUCGAGCUUCUUCUCGCUGCUGGCGCUGCCACCUGCGACACGGGCGCUGACCGGCGCGCUGGUGGGCAUGUCGCUGCUUCUGUUUGCGCUGCGCUUGUCGCUGGCGCCGGGCGACCUCAAGGGCAUCGUUGGCGCGUCGUCGGACCCGUCCUUGGUGUUCCCUUGGCUCGUGUUGCUGCCGGGCAGUGUGGUGUGGUACCCGUGGACCUUGCUGACGGGCUCGUUCGUCGAGAGCAACCUUCUCGAGGUCAGUUGUCUGCCCGCUGCUGAGCGGAGCGCCUCGUCGCCACACGCGUCGUCGGUCGCAUGUCUUCGGCCCCGGCUACACUCUCGAUCGCAGCCACGAGCAUUCCCUCGGAGCACGACCUGACGUGUGUCCUGUCCUACCGCAGUUCCUCUUCUCUCUGUUCACUCUCCCCCUCGCGGCGCGGUACCUCGAACGCGUCUGGGGCCAGGUCGAGCUGCUCAAAUUUGUGUUCGUUGUCGUCGUCGCGUCCAACAUCAUCGCCGUCGUCGUCAACGUGCUCGAGUCGGUCGUCUUGGGCAACAAGGAAUUGUUCCUGUCAGUUGGACGCUUUUCUUGUUUCGUUCAAGCUGCUUCGAUUCGGCCCAUCGACCCCGGUGCUCGCGCUCGCUCGCCUGCGGAGCGGCAUCGGUGCUGCGGAGAACGCAACUAGUCGGUUCAGACGAGGCAGCGUCACGCCCUUUGUCCGAGGCACUAGAAUGCAAGGGGCGAAGGCGCGAUAAGGUCCACGGUCGAUGCUGAGGAGGCUGCAGUGCAGUGCUGGAUCGCCGAUGAGCCCGUGCAAUCAUGCUGCUGCGGAGAGCGCACAUCGUGAUCUAUGACAACCCGAUCAAAAGCGAUCAUAGAGCACAACGUACUGACUCUAUUACACUAUCUGACAAUAGCUACGGUAUGAGCUACCACGGCCUGAUGGCGCUCCAAGUCGGAUUCCUCGUCGCCUUCACCCAGCUCAUCCCCGAGCAUCAGGUCCAAGUCUUUGGUGGGAUCGCCAAAGUCAGAGUAAAGGUGCGUUACAGUCGCGCCUUCGUAUUGGCUCAUUCAGGAAGCAAGUUCGUGCUGACAGUCGAUAGAAAACCCUUGACCUUGCCCGCGCUUCUCCGUGCACAGUCCUUGCCGAUGCUCUACGUGACCGUCUCCAACGUCGCGUGCUUGAUCGGGUACCAAUCCCCCUACAUCCUCAUCCAAUUCGGCUGGAUCGUCAGCUGGUUCUACCUCCGCUUCAUCAAGCUCGCCGACCCGACUUCCGAUUUCCGAGGUGAUCGAUCCGAGACUUUCGCCUUCUCGUCCUGGUUCCCUCCUUUCAUCCAACCUUACGUUGCCAAGGUUGCGGGGAUCGCGUUCGUUUUGGCGGUCAAGGUUGGGGUACUGAGGGCUUGGACUGAUGUGGAAAUGGGCGGGUAUGCUGCCGUACCCGGUGCGGCAAGGGCCGAGGCUGAGAGACGGAGGUUAGUCUCCUUUACCUCAUCACCGCAGUGUCUUGUUGCGAGCUGACAUCGCACCUGCUUUGUCAUAAUCGCACCCGACCCUGCAGAGCAAUGGCCCUGAAAGCUCUCGAUCAACGAAUGGCGACCAAACCCGGAUCGUCCGCCUCGCCAAGAUUGGCGACCGUCGCCAGUUUGGCCGGGCAACCGGCCGUCAAUACCUCUUCUGCCAGUGGAUCCUUCUCCGGUCCUUCCGGCGGCGGGUCUUUAAGUGCCGCUGCGACAAGUGGAGAGGAUGCCGUGGGGGUGAAUGCCGCGAAUGAUGUGGGCAAGGAUUAA